AUGCCCUCUAUCAGCCGCCCCAUGCCACCCAGCAGCAGCGACCUGUCGAAGCGCCGACGCUUCCAACCUCCUAUCACAUCCUUCUUUACAUCCGCCACAGAACCGGUGUCUUCUGAUACACCUGCAUUGUCGCAUCACCACCAUUACGCCGCAGCAACCUUCUCUGCCACCCCUCUCGUUCCUGCCCCAGUGCAGUCUUCUCUUUUAUCGGUCGGAAUGCGGGUCCGGAAAUCUGUCGCAGACGGAUACAAAACCCACAUGGCCAAGCUAGAAGAGAAGGCCCCGCUCGCUGCAGCUGACGCUCAGACCCCCACUAUUCAACCCUACUACGGCAGUCGACCCUCGGAAUUGUCGCCAUUCUCUGGUGCUGGUAAAUCCUCGUUCAGUCAUGAUGAGUACCUUGUCACUGACGAUGGUGAUGCAUACUCGAUCCCAUCGAGCAGCCAAGACUCGACUGCAUCGUUUGCUUUGGGGGGUCAAAAGCGCCCUCUAGAAUUAGAUGGUGAUAUGCUUAUCAAUGACGAUGCCGAGGAAUUAUCCAAAAGCCUGAGCGGCCCCUGGAGUGAAAGCACAUAUGGACGAACUAUUCUCUCUCCAACUCUCGGCCAGGGCCGCAGGAUACUUUCUGUGCGUCCCAGCAAGGUUGAACGGCCAACCAUGGAGUUGGAUGAUUUUGAGGAAGCCACUUUCCUCCGUCGCCGUGAAGAAGUUGAGGCAGAGGAUGUGCGGAUGUAUGGGGCUUGA